AUUAGUUACAUAAGUGUUUAAAAUGUCCGAGGAAACAAAUUUUCUUACUUUGGAUAAUAUAAAUCCAUAUAUUAUUGAAUUACAGUAUGCGGUACGUGGGCCGUUAUUUAUUCGGGCCAAUGAGAUUGAAAAGGAAAUGGCAAAGGGUGUUCAGAAACCAUUCAAAACUGUAAUCAAAGCAAACAAUGGCGAUGCACAAGCUAUGGGGCAAAAACCUAUAACAUUUUUUCGACAAGUAUGCGCAUCAAUUGCACAUCCAGAACUGUUGAAUGACCCAACAUUUCCAGCUGAUGUUAAACAUCGUGUAGAAACAAUUUUGAAAGCAUGUAAUGGAUAUUCAAUUGGUUCUUAUUCCGCAGAUUUACAAGGUCUCGAAGUAAUUCGGGAACAUGUUGCACAAUUUAUUACAAAACGUGAUGGUUUUGCAUGUAGCCAAGACGAUAUUAUUCUAUCUAAUGGUAGUUUCGAAUCUAUUAAAAUCGUGCUAGGAUUAUUAAAGUGUACAAUCGAUGGUAAAAAACCAGGAGUAAUGAUUCCAAUUCCACAAUAUCCAUUGUAUUCAGCAAUACUCACUGAAUACAAUAUGCUCAAAAUUGGAUACUUUUUGGAUGAAGCAAACGGGUGGAGUAUCAAUAAUACAGAAUUAGAACGGGCACUAAAUGAAGCUAAAACUAAACAUAAUGCUAAUCCACGUGCUAUUGUUGUAAUUAAUCCAGGAAAUCCAACAGGACAAGUAUUAACAAAAGAGAAUAUCCAGAAUAUUAUUAAAUUUGCUUUUAAUGAGAAAUUAUUAAUUCUGGCUGACGAAGUUUAUCAGUUUAAUAUUUAUGCUAAAGAUUCUGAAUUUCAUCCAUUUAAAAAGGUCAUGAAGGAAAUGGGCGAACCAUAUUCAUCAAUGGAAUUAGUCAGUUUUAUGUCAAUAUCAAAAGGUUAUAUGGCAGAAGGCGGAAUUCGUGGUGGCUAUACAGAAAUCACAAAUUUUCAUCCACAAGUGAGAGCACAAUUAUUAAAAAAUAUCAGUGCCUCUUAUUGUCCAAAUAUUCACGGCCAAACUGUGAUUGAUUGUGUUGUGAAUCCACCCCAAAAAGGUGAUCCAAGCUAUGAUCUUUUUGAGAAAGAAAAGAAUGCUGUUUUAGGUUCAUUAAAGGAUAGAGCCAAAUUGAUUUACGAUACAUUUAACAGUAUUCCUGGAUAUAGUUGUAAUGAAGUUCAAGGUGCUAUGUACGCUUUCCCGCGAGUAGAAAUGCCAGAAAAAGUAAUUGAAAUAGCCAAACAGAAUGGUCAAGAACCUGACGAGUUCUAUGCAUUCCAAUUACUUGAAACAACUGGUAUUUGUGUUAUUCCGGGUUCUGGAUUUGGCCAAAAAGCUGGUACAUAUCACUUCCGUACAACGAUUUUACCACAAACCGAUAAACUAAAAGAAAUGUUAAAUCAUAUUAAAGAAUUCCAUGCGAAAUUCUUAAAAGAAUACUCAUAAUAAUCUUUCUUUUUGUAAAUAACUUAAAUCAACAAUACGAAAUAACUGAAAAAAAAUU